AUGGCGGAGGAAGUUUCAUCACAGAUGAACUCACUCUCAAUAUCCGAAACCAAACCAUCACCAUCUGCAACGAUCUCCCUCGUUUCAGCUGACAACAUUGUUUUCAAGGUCGAACCUACCGUCGCCAAAGAGAUGGAAACCGUCCAAUCGUUCAUUGACGAAACGGAAGGACAACUUUCAACGAUUCCUCUCCCCAACAUUUCCAGUCAUGACCUCCCCUACAUAAUCGAAUAUUGUGAGAAGAGCAUCUCCGGAAAGAUCACAAAGGAGUUCGAAGCGGAGUUCGUGAAAAAGCUGAACAACGAAGAGGUGAAAGAGCUUUUUCUCGCUGCGAAUUAUUUAAACAUCAGGAAGCUUCUUGAUUUUCUAAGCCAGGUUAUUGCUGAUCGAAUUGCGAACAAGAGUGUGGAAUAUGUGAGAAGGUAUUUCGGAAUUGAGAACGAUUAUACGCCGGAAGAAGAGGCUAAGCUUCGUGAAGAACUUGCUUGGACGUUUACUGGAGUUGAUCCCGAUGAUGAAGAUGAGAAUUAA